UCUCCCGCCCCUACCCCCGCCCCCGCUCCGGUCUGUGUACUCCCUUCUCCCAAAGACUCGGAGAGCGGAUCCAAGAUGGCGGCUGAGGCGGAGUACGAGUCCAUCCUGUGCGUGAAGCCCGAGAUCAGCGUCUACCGCAUCCCACCGCGUACCUCCAACCGCGGAUACAGGGCAUCUGACUGGAAACUAGAUCAGCCUGAUUGGACUGGUCGUCUCCGAAUCACUUCCAAAGGGAAGAUUGCCUACAUCAAACUUGAAGACAAAGUAUCAGGGGAGCUAUUUGCUCAGGCACCAGUGGACCAAUAUCCUGGCAUUGCUGUGGAGACAGUGACAGAUUCUAGUCGAUAUUUUGUGAUCCGGAUUCAAGAUGGCACUGGACGUAGUGCUUUCAUUGGUAUCGGCUUCACAGAUCGGGGUGAUGCCUUUGACUUCAACGUUUCUCUGCAAGAUCACUUCAAAUGGGUAAAGCAGGAAACUGAGAUCACCAAAGAAUCUCAGGAAAUGGACACUCGUCCCAAGUUGGAUCUAGGUUUUAAGGAAGGACAAACAAUCAAAUUGAGUAUUGGGAAUAUUACCACAAAGAAAGCAGGAACAUCUAAGCCUCGACCUACAGGGGCUGGGGGCCUGAGCCUAUUGCCACCUCCACCUGGGGGCAAAGUGACUAUUCCCCCACCUUCAUCUUCAGUACCUAUCGCAAAUCAUGUGACUCCACCUCCCAUCCAGAAGUCCAGUCAAGGUGGCAAUGAUGCAGAUAUCCUGUUAGACUUUGAUUCUCCUGUUCCUGUCUCAAAUACACCAGCACCUGCUCCUGUUUCUGCUCCUGCUUCAGCUAAUGCAGUGACUGAUCUAUGGGGAGACUUCAGUACUGCAUCCAGCUCUGUUCCAAACCAGACACCACAGCCGUCCAACUGGGUCCAAUUCUGAGCAGCAGGGAUAAACUUGAAGACCAAGAGAAUACAAGGGCACCAAUUUGAGGGGGGGAUUUGGAAAACUCUACCUUCUCCUGAACUGAAAUUCCUGGACAGUCUUUUAAAAAGCUUUCUUAUUUCAAUCAAGAGCUGGUUUAUGUAUCUCCCUACUGUUGAUCACAUGCUGUGCAGCCCAGGAAGCAUCUCCUGCUGCCCUACAAGGCUGAGAGGUGGGUUUGAGCCCACUUGUGAGUGAGCAGAGAAUGCUUGUCAGGCCAGGAUCUCCAUAUCAAGGGGAAUUAUAUUUACAGUGGCUCAGCUCUCUUUUUAGUUCCUUACCCUUCUCCCAUGGUCCUCUUUGAGUGGCACUGGGGCAGGGUAAUCCUUGGACAGCCUUUCUCUCAAGUAACACAGUUGGUAGGUGCAAACCUCUUUGCAGCUCCAUUUGGUUUCUGCAAUUGAAAGGACUUAAUUCUGUGGGAAUAGAUACUGAGAGGUAAGGAGACACUGACUCCAUCACUCUCUUCUUUAUCCCAGGACUUCAUAUUGGGAUAGAGUUGUUGGAGAUGACUUCCAGGCCUGCGUGUUUACAAAAUAAAUGGUGAGAGGUGGGUGGAAGGCUGUGUAGAUAGAUGAGCGAAGCUCUUGCUCCCCACUUCCUGCCAUGUUCUCCUCUUACUGAUCUUAGUUGGGAAAUGACAGUGCUGGGAGCAGCUCCAUUGCCCUCUUCUAUGUUUACACGUCUUUCCCUUUGAGAAGAGGGUUGUGUUGGUGCCAUUUGCUCCAUCACCUUGUGUUUUUUCACUGGGGCAAUAUCUCUGACCAGGGUAAGGAUUUUGGCUGGCUGUUGUCCCAAGCUGCCUGUUUCCUGGAGCUCCAUCUAGUCACUUCAUUUGAUGCAAGAUCUCCUUUUUAUUUUUUUAUUUUUAUUUUUGGCCUUUUGUGUGAUUUAGAGUAAGAGUCAGAUCUGUGCAUAGGGAAGUACAGAGUGCUUAGUCCUUUUGGCAGGUGAUGGUGUAAUGUGCCCAUCCUUCCUUGGUACAGUGUCUGAACUGGAUUGUUUUGUUGGACCAGGUAUGUCUUCUCUGCUCAUUUCCCAUAAAACUUGGCCCUUUUAACCAGAGAAAUCCAUUUCCUAUAUUCAGCUCUUCAAGUGGGGACUGCUGCUACGCCUAUAUCUGCCAUUUAUAAAGAAAGCUCAGGAGAACCACAGCUACAGAGGUUUGACAAGGGAAGGUUCUGAUAAACUUUGCCCAGAGGAAUAUCGGAACAAAGUUUGAGGGUUUUUUUGUUUUGUUUUGUUUUUACAUUUCCCUUUCUUCCUUACAAUUCUGUGAAGCGAAUUUCCUUUUCCACAGAAAAGGAUAUUUUCAUUUGUUUCUAUUAAGUAGCUAAUUAUGAUGAGGGAGGAUUUAUUGUGAUAAAUAAGUAUCAUUCCUGUUUUUUUUUUUUUUUUUUGCCCAUUAGGCUGUUUUUUUAUUCUGAAUGAAGAGUCUUUGAGUCUAACUUGGAAAUACAUAUCUUCUCUAUCCCUAAAAUCUUUUCUUGUCUCUCCCAUGGACUUGUGGGUCCAUUUUUAUUUUUGUCUUUUUUUUCCCCCUUGUGCUAUAUAUCAAGUAGUUCUGCACUUGCUGAGCUCUGGAAGGUCCUUUUACGUUUCAAAUGAAAACACUAAAGGAAAAUAGGAGAAUCACUAGUGGUUAACCAUUGGGACUCUCUUUUCUUAUUUUCCUUCACUUGUUCUUAUUUUGCAUUCCCCAAGAUGAUAAUAUAUUAUGUAUUUGAACUGCUGCAAAACUGAAAAAAAAAGAUAUAUGUGUAUAUAAAGCAUAAGGUGUAUUGGUGCAAUAAUGGUAAUUAAAAUAUAGAAAAGG